CGGCACAGGAGGUCAUCCUCACGCACAAGCAUUCGACCUCGAGGUAUUUGUUGAAUUCCCAUCCUUCUGUUCACAUCUAGCCAACUUUCUUCCCUCUGGCAACACUUCAAUUCCAAGCUACAAGCUUUAUUCCUCGCAGGGUCACUGUUCGACGACAUUCAGCAACCUAUCAAGGUGCUACUCCGCAACCCUGUGGACUAUACCGAGCCGACACGGUCCCCCAGUAUUAGCGAUGCGAUGUCCCCAUCCUGGUCACCACUCUCUCAACCCGACCGAGUGAUUCAGGCUCCAUUCGGCUAUUUUCAAAGCCCGCCUCAAGACACGCAUACGGAAUACGCAAAUUUGGACUGUUCAAGUCCGCCGCCUCCAGGCAUUGUCCACGCGACUUGCGCAGAGAUAUAUUCGAGCCCGCCUCAAGGCAUCGCCGCUUGUACAGAAGUGAACCAUUUGUCCCAUCACGUGAACAACGGGUCGUACCUAGUUGGCGCGCAAUGGAAUCAAGCUCACAAUCCAGUCAAUGUCUUUGAUGGUGACUCUUCGCAGCAACCGUCCCUCCUUUCUGCAUGGCUUCCAGAUCCUUCAUUGUACCCAAGCUUCCGUAGGUAUCUUCUGCCAGCCGACUUCAGUGAUGGCCACAGCACGACGAGUCCAUACUUCCGAGUUCAAGAUCCGAUAUCUUACGUCGAACAAUUGGAAAAGCAACUCGCCUCUCUAGAAACAGACUAUCACGCGAGUGUCGCUACUCGGCAAGAUCAUGGGUUCCCUACAUAUCCGCAAGAUCAUGGGUCCCCCGCGACGCCGCACAAUCAUGAGUCUACUGCUACGCCACAAGAUCAUCAGCCUGCUUCGACUCCGCAAAACCAUGGGAUCACUGUACAGGCUCCGCCCCCGUCGGAAACCGAUGUCAUUUCACCGGAGCCAUGCGAAAGUCAGAACAAGCCGGCGGCAGCCGACACUGGCGGCCGUUGUAGUCGUCGAAUCACAAGCACUUCCGAUAUUCAUCGCCCGAAACAGCGUCUACGCAGAAAGCGGCGAAGCGCCGCCGAUCGGGGCCUUCCCGCCAAAUAUGCAGAAGACUGUGCACCCAAAGCGAAAACCCAUCAGUGCCCGGACCUGGCUUCGGAUGAGUUUCCAUGUCUUCGAAGCUUCGCACGUAUUGAACACCUCAAUCGUCACAUGAAGUCUCACGCUCCCUAUGUAGACCGACCAUGGUACUGUCCGAUAUGCGAACAUCGCCCUUCACGCUGUGACAACCUUGUCCAGCAUCUACUCACUCAUCUGGACGGUAGCACUAGGGGCCGGCGCAAUCGAUUUUGCACUUGGCCUGAUUUGAAGCAGCUGUUGAUCGGGAUAUACCCAAGGAAAACUGCGGAUCAGCUCAUCGAUUUGCUUGGUCGCAAGUGCGAAUAAUGGAGAAGGAUGUUAUACUAAGAAAGGCUUGUAGAUCAUCCUGGACGACGCUGUGAUCUCUUCGGAGUUGGUUUUCGAUCUCCGAUCUCUUGUCUCUUUCAUAGGAAUAUGUAAAGUUUUUGAAUUAACUUGUACAUCAUGCACUACG